AUGACCAGUAUAGUUGAAUUACUGUUAAUUAAAGCCCGAGGUGCACGAUACAGGGUGUUUCCAUGGAGAUGCCAGAGUACCCCAAAGGGCUCAUGGAGCACCCUCAAGCUGUGGAUCUUCACAGUGCUCUGUUGUGACUUCCUGGUACACCAUGGGACUAACUGCUGGACUUACCACUAUUCUGAAAAAUCGAUGAACUGGGAAAAUGCUAGAAAGUUCUGCAAGGAAAAUUAUACAGAUUUAGUGGCCAUACAAAAUAAGAGAGAAAUUGAAUAUUUGGAGAAGACAUUGCCCAAAAACCCUACUUACUACUGGAUAGGAAUCCGGAAAAUUGGAAAAACAUGGACAUGGGUGGGAACCAACAAGUCUCUCACUAAAGAAGCAGAGAAUUGGGGAACUGGGGAGCCCAACAAUAAGAAGACCAAGGAGGACUGUGUAGAGAUCUAUAUCAAGAGGGAAAGAGACUCUGGGAAAUGGAAUGAUGAUGCCUGCCACAAACGAAAGGCAGCUCUCUGCUACACAGCCUCUUGCCAGUCUGGGUCUUGCAGUGGCCAUGGAGAAUGUGUGGAAACAAUCAACAAUCACACCUGCAACUGUGAUGAGGGGUUUUACGGACCCCAGUGUCAGUAUGUGGUCCAGUGCGAGUCUUUGAAGGCCCCGGAGAUGGGAACCAUGGUCUGUACUCACCCAUUGGGAAACUUCAGCUUCCACUCACAGUGUGCUUUCAACUGUUCAGAAGGAACAGAGCUCCUUGGGAUUGCAGAAACACACUGUGGACCCAAUGGAAACUGGUCAUCCCUAGAACCAGUCUGUCAAGUGACUCAGUGCCAGGCUCUCACAGCACCUGAUCUGGGAGCAAUUGAAUGCAGUCAUCCCUUGGCCAACUUCAGCUUCACUUCUGCUUGCACCUUCACCUGUGCAGAAGGAACCGACUUGAUUGGGGAGAGAAAAACCAUCUGCGGGUCAGCUGGCGUCUGGUCUAGUCCUAGUCCAAUAUGUCAAAAGACAGACAGAACUUUCUCAAAGAUCAAAGAAGGCGACUAUAACCCCCUCUUCAUUCCUGUGGCUGUCACAGUUACCGCAUUCUCUGGGCUGGCAUUUAUCAUUUGGCUGGCAAGGAGGUUAAAAAAAGGCAAGAAAUCUCAGAAAAGGGUGGAUGAUCCAUACUAACUCAUCCUUUGUGAAAGGAAAAGUCACACAGUACUAAAAGAACCAUUGUGAAACAACUUCAAAUCCUCCCGAAGAGAUUUUGCAUGCAGGCAUCUCCCACACUGAAGAUGAAAUGUUUGUCUCAGUGUUUCUGGAAAGAUUUCUACCUGGCCAACAGCUCCCUUAAACUCCUCCAUGCUUCCCCAUCCCCAUAACCCUAGCCCAUAAUUUUUGUUGAUAUAGAUAGAUAUAGCUCAGGACUUUAUUAUCUUUUCUGUGGAGGAACAAAUAAGACUGUUGAGGAA